UGUAAAUGAGCACACUGCUGGCCCAUGCGCCUCAGGGCUGUAGAGGGCAGCCUCAGAGGCACUGGGCACUCCUGGGACCAUGGAUGAUGCCGCUGUCCUCAAGCGACGAGGCUACCUCCUGGGGAGAAAUUUGGGAGAGGGCUCCUAUGCAAAAGUAAAAUCUGCUUACUCUGAGCGCCUGAAGUUCAAUGUGGCGAUCAAGAUCAUCGACCGCAAGAAAGCCCCCACAGACUUCUUGGAGAAAUUCCUUCCCCGGGAAAUUGAGAUUCUGGCCAUGGUAAACCACUGCUCCAUCAUCAAGACCUACGAGAUCUUCGAGACAUCACAUGGCAAGGUCUACAUCGUCAUGGAGCUUGCGGUCCAGGGCGACCUCCUUGAGUUAAUCAAAACCCGGGGAGCCCUGCAUGAGGACGAAGCUCGCAAGAAGUUCCACCAGCUUUCCUUGGCCAUCAAGUACUGUCACGACCUGGAUGUCGUCCACCGGGACCUCAAGUGUGACAACCUUCUCCUCGACAAGGACUUCAACAUCAAGCUGUCUGACUUCAGCUUCUCCAAGCGCUGCCUGCGGGAUGACAGUGGUCGAAUGGCAUUAAGCAAGACCUUCUGCGGGUCACCAGCGUAUGCGGCCCCAGAAGUGCUGCAGGGCAUUCCCUACCAGCCCAAGGUGUAUGACAUCUGGAGCCUAGGCGUGAUCCUCUAUAUCAUGGUCUGCGGCUCCAUGCCCUACGACGAUUCCAACAUCAAGAAGAUGCUGCGUAUCCAGAAGGAGCACCGCCUCAACUUUCCACGAUCGAAGCACCUGACAGGCGAGUGCAAGGACCUCAUCUACCGCAUGCUGCAGCCCGACGUCAACAGGCGGCUCCGUAUCGACGAGAUCCUCAGCCACUGCUGGAUGCAGCCCAAGGCAUGGGGAUCUCCCUCUGUGGCCAUCAGCAAGGAGGGGGAGAGUUCCCGGGGAAUUGAACCCUUGUGGACCCCCGAACCCGUCUCUGACAAGAAGUCUGCCACCAAGCUGGAGCCUGAGGCAGAGGCACAGCCGCAGGCACAGCCUGAGACAAAACCCGAGGGGGCAGAAACGCAAAUGUCCAGGCAGUCGGAGAUCCUGGGUAUCCCCGGCGAGCCGUCGACCGGGGAGACAGAGGAAGGGCCCCCCCAACAGCCUCCAGAGACACUACUCUGA